AUGGCUGGGGGAACGAGUAUAAAAGGGAAAGAGAUUAUGGUUUCUUCAUUUGGGAGAGAAGCCAAAAAAGAGAGAGGGGCGAUCGGGGAGAGAAGGAAGAGAGGGUGUCGCGCGGGGAAGCGAGAGAGAGAAAAGAGAGUGGAAAGAAGAGAGAGGUCGGAAAGGAAGAGGGGAAGGGAAAAGAAAGGAGAGGAAGGGAAAAAAAAGAGUGUGGCCGAGUGGGAAGAGGAGGAAAGCCGAGAACGGCCGCAGGGGGAGCAGAAGAGAGAGAGUCACGGAGGCGGAAAGCCGAAGAGAAGGGAAGGAAGGGAAAUCGCAGCCGAGGAGCACCGUGUGACGACAGAAUCCAAAAUCGAGACUGUUCGGAUUUUUCGAGCAUUGCACCCGAGCCAGCGGUGGAGCGGGACUGGUGUCAGGAUGGCUGCGCAAGCUCGGCCGGGCCACCCACCCGCGUGGGAACCAAGGAAGUUCCCUCGGGAAUGA